CAUUAUUUGAUCGCACACAUAAAGACUUUAAUCCCUUAGAGUGCAUGUGAAGCGGAUCUUGCUAAACGAUUUGUAUAUGUGAAAGUUUGAAAAGUUUCGACGAAAGGAAGGAACUUGAACAUCAUUGCUCAGUUGAAGAUGUUUUGACAGAUUGGUGCUGACUUGUUGUGAACAUUAAGCGUAGACUGCAUCCUAUAGCUGCUUUCAAUCAAACAGCUGUGAUAUUCAUAACUUAAUCGUGCUGUGAGAUUUGUACGUUGGGCGAAUGCAACUUCGUAGCAGAAUGUUCGAGUCUCGAGUUUUUUUUAAUCUCUUGUUUUUCGUGUCCCUGACAAUGGUGAUAAAUUCAGCCAAUAGUAAGAAACUUCCAUCGUUCACAACGAACAUCACAAAGGUCGAAGUUGAAAACGAGUCUCGCAAGGGAAAGAUUCUCUGUAACGUGCUCAGUGUUGAGGACAACGACUACUGGUUCACACGAGAAGGGAAACGCAUAACGAAUAGCAAAAAAUAUCGUUACAAGAAGAAUAGAUAUCUGAGAAUAAAAAAGAUCACAUGGACUGACGCUGGUGAAUACGUUUGCUGGGCAAGAAACAAGGCGGGAGAAGUGAGCAGAAUAAUAAACGUUGUUGUCGUGGGCUCACGUGUAGACAAGAUCACUGGAGAUUUUGCACCCGUUUUUCUAUUUCCGAAAUUGAUAGAAAAGAAAUACAAGUACUUUCCUGUUGGAAAACGGUUUUCAAUGAACUGUGAAGCUAAUGGAAGACCUUCACCAAAGGUGAAAUGGUACAAAAACGGUCAACUUAUGUCGUACAUGCCGGAUGGAAAAACCCCUCUAGCGAACGAUACACAAGUAUUGAUAUUUCACGAUGUAAAUCCAAAACACGACGGAUCUUACCGUUGUUUUGUAUGGAACAGAGUGGGAAAUAUCUCAACAACAUACACAGUACUUGCAAAAGAAGUCUUCAUAACAAAGCCUAUAAUUACGCAAAUGAAGAACAUCACUGCAUAUGAAGGUGACAACGUGAAGGCAACUUGUAAAGCUUUUUGCGAUAGUCUGCCGCACUUUCAGUGGGCUGUCGUCGAAGGAGAAAAUGCAACUGUACGUGUCCUGGAUCCCAACUUGAGCAAAGACGAAUUUAUAUGGAAAGGUAAAAAUAAACGAUAUCAUGGUGUGCAUAUUCUCUUCAUUAACGUAACCAAAAAAGACGAAAGGUACUAUUAUUGUGUCGUUGGCAAUAACUGGGGUUAUGAUAAAACAAGAUUCUACCUCCACGUUAUACCAAGACCUAUGACGCCAGUCUCCAUGUCAGCAAACCAGACUUUUUCCAGCACCAUCAGUAUGCUCCAGCAACAACCAGUUGAGAAGGACGAAUCAGUUCAGAGUUCAAGAAUUUCCCUUUACAUUGUUGUAUCCGUGGCUGCCAUCGUUCUUGUCAUAGGCUCAAUUUUUGCCUACUUACUAAUAUUCAAAUGCAAGAAACACAAGAAACGCGUGUUUAGCGUUGCCGGCUAUCACCCUCGAAAUUAUCCACGAAAGGAGAGAGACCUGUUGAGCUCUACUUCAUCAUCUGUGUCGACUAGCUCGACGAAUCCGCUGUUGAACAAUCAGCGUUUUCGAAGACUUGACUCGGGUUUGUCAGACGUCAGCGAAAUGGUGAUGCAAUUUGACCCCAGAUGGGAAAUCAAUCGAGAAAAUUUGAAUCUUUUGCAAGUAAUAGGCGAGGGUGCUUUUGGUAAGGUGCUAAAAGCCGAGGCUUUCGGUGUUGGCAAACAGAACUUCGGAAAGACUAUUGUUGCCGUGAAGACUUUGAAAGACGACGCUACCGAGGCAGAGUUAAUGGAUCUCAUCUCAGAAGCAGAGGUGAUGAAAUCUAUUGGUCGCCAUAAGAAUAUUAAUAAUGUUAUUGGGUGUUGCACACAAAAUGGACCGCUACUGGUGGUUGUCGAAUACGCACCUUUCGGCAAUUUACGAGAAUAUCUUCGUGAAAGAAGACCUGACCGAAACGGAGAGACCAUUCCAAUAGAAGGAGAAGAAAAGUUGUGCUUUAGGGAUUUCGUCUCCUUCAGUUAUCAAAUUGCUCGUGGAAUGGAAUAUUUGUCAGGAAGGAAGUGUAUUCAUCGCGAUCUUGCUGCCAGGAAUAUUUUAGUUGGUGAAGAUAGAGUAAUGAAAAUUGCGGACUUUGGUUUAGCGCGCGACAUUCAUCAGAUUGACUAUUACCGCAAAACCACUGACGGCCGACUUCCUGUGAAAUGGAUGGCUUUGGAAGCACUAUUUGAUCGGGUUUACACUUCACAAAGCGAUGUAUGGUCUUUUGGUGUUGUUGUGUGGGAAAUCGUAACUUUUGGUGGCACUCCAUAUCCGGGCAUUCCACUAGAAAAUCUUUUUGAACUUUUGGAAAAUGGCUUCAGAAUGGAACAGCCAGUAAAUUGCCCAGAAGAAUUUUACAAUAUGUUAUUACGAUGUUGGAAUGAAGAACCUUACAUUCGUCCAACAUUCACUGAUCUCGUGCAGCAAUUGGACAGUAUGUUAUCCAAAAUGACCAGCGAGGAAUACGUUGACGUGGGAGAUCUAAUCUCACCAAUGCAACCAAUCAAUGUACAGAAUCAUCAUGUAGAGCCAUCAAGUCCAAGCGACGUGUCUACUUGCUCAAGUGUAUUUGAGCACACUGAACACGAUUUCGAUGAAAAAGCACUAUUGCAAACACAUGAAAACGUACAUCAAAACGUGCAGAACAAACCAGUCCUCAGCUAAAUGGCAUCCUCAAAGCUCUAGAAAAGAGACAAUGCAGCUUCGACUACAAUUUGGAACAAGAGUAGACAAAACUUAAACGUGUUGGACAAUUUCGAAUGAUUUUCGAGCAUCGUAAAGCUUCGAUGUUUGCAUCGUCAAAAGUCUUUGAAACGAAUGUAACUUUUGUUUUGUUCAGUUUUUUUGAUAACGAAAAGUAACCUGUUUGGAUUAUAUUGACUUUUAUUGAGGUUAUAUAUACUUGGAUAUGAACGAAGCAAACUCUAAAGUUAGUCAACGUGGUACAAGGUUUCUUCAUACGAGUGGAACUUUAGUGUAAAGUUUAAUAUCUACGAAGUGGAACUUUAAUUCAAAGACACUUGUUGAAAAUACCUGGCUAAUUUCAAGGGUGGAUCAGAAGACACGUAGUUCAACGUGUACUGAUAAAGACAAAGGGACGAUUACAAGGAAAACAUAAAUCCUUGGGAGCGAAGAAUGGAGUUUUGUUGAAUGUACAUACAUUAGAGGCCAUAUCUUAUUACAGUGGCGACGAGAAUGCCCAAAUGAUCGCAGGCUUAUUCUCCUUCAUAACGAUGUAUGCAUAGUUAGAAAUACACAUUCACUUCACAUGUUAGAUCUAUUAUUGCUUUGAUCGUUUAUUGUUUUGAGAAAAUCGAACUUUUUUCUUUGUAAAACGAAGACUUGGUUUUGUUGUUUUACCAUGAUGUAAUGCAACUGA